AUGGCCGAGGGUAGCGCUGUGUCCGACCCUCAGCACGCCGCGCGCCUGCUGCGGGCGCUCAGCUCGUUCCGGGAGGAGGCGCGCUUCUGCGACGCGCACCUGGUCCUCGACGGCGAGGAGAUCCCGGUGCAGAAGAACAUCCUGGCGGCGGCCAGUCCGUACAUCAGGACAAAAUUAAACUAUAAUCCUCCCAAAGAUGACGGCUCCACUUACAAGAUUGAACUUGAAGGGAUAUCGGUAAUGGUUAUGAGAGAGAUCCUGGAUUACAUCUUCAGUGGGCAGAUCAGGCUAAAUGAAGAUACAAUCCAAGAUGUUGUGCAGGCAGCCGACCUGCUGCUGCUGACGGACCUUAAAACCUUGUGCUGUGAGUUUCUGGAGGGCUGCAUUGCCGCAGAAAACUGCAUCGGCAUCCGCGACUUCGCGCUGCACUAUUGCCUGCACCAUGUGCAUUACCUGGCCACGGAGUACCUGGAGACUCACUUCCGAGAUGUCAGCAACACAGAGGAGUUCCUGGAGCUGAGUCCGCAGAAGCUCAAAGAAGUGAUCUCUCUCGAGAAGCUGAAUGUUGGCAAUGAAAAAUACGUGUUUGAGGCGGUGAUUCGGUGGAUAGCGCAUGACACAGAGAUGAGAAAGGUCCAUAUGAAGGAUGUCAUGUCAGCACUGUGGGUCUCAGGGCUGGACUCCAGCUACCUGCGGGAGCAGAUGCUGAAUGAGCCCUUGGUACGAGAAAUCGUCAAAGAGUGCAGCAACAUCCCGCUCAGCCAGCCGCAGCAGGGGGAGGCCAUGCUGGCCAGCUUCAAGCCAAGGGGCUACUCAGAGUGCAUAGUGACCAUUGGAGGGGAGGAAAGAGUUUCACGGAAACCCACGGCCGCCAUGCGAUGUAUGUGCCCUCUCUACGACCCUAAUCGGCAGCUGUGGAUCGAACUGGCCCCUCUGAGCAUGCCCAGAAUUAACCAUGGCGUUCUCUCAGCAGAAGGGUUUUUGUUUGUGUUGGGGGGCCAAGAUGAAAAUAAGCAGACACUGAGUUCGGGAGAGAAGUACGACCCAGACGCCAACACGUGGACUCCUCUCCCGCCCAUGAAUGAGGCAAGACACAACUUUGGGAUCGUGGAGAUCGAUGGGAUGCUGUACAUCCUUGGAGGGGAGGAUGGUGACCGGGAGUUGAUUUCCAUGGAGUGUUAUGAUAUUUAUUCAAAAACCUGGACAAAGCAACCUGACUUGACCAUGGUUAGAAAGAUUGGCUGCUAUGCAGCUAUGAAAAAGAAAAUCUAUGCCAUGGGUGGAGGAUCAUAUGGAAAAUUGUUUGAGUCUGUGGAGUGUUACGAUCCACGGACCCAGCAGUGGACUGCCAUAUGUCCACUGAAAGAGAGGAGGUUUGGAGCAGUGGCCUGCGGUGUUGCCAUGGAGCUGUAUGUAUUCGGAGGCGUCAGAAGUCGAGAGGACAUCCAGGGCAGUGAGAUGGUCACCUGCAAGUCUGAGUUCUAUCACGACGAGUUUAAGAGGUGGAUCUAUCUUAACGAUCAGAACCUAUGCAUUCCUGCCAGUUCAUCCUUUGUGUACGGCGCUGUCCCCAUAGGAGCCAGUAUUUAUGUUAUCGGAGACCUUGACACAGGUACCAACUAUGACUACGUGCGUGAGUUUAAGAGAAGCACGGGCACCUGGCACCACACGAAGCCACUCCUGCCGUCCGACCUUCGGCGCACAGGUUGCGCAGCUUUGCGCAUCGCCAACUGCAAGCUCUUCCGUCUGCAGCUGCAGCAAGGCUUGUUCCGCAUCCGGGUCCAUUCCCCUUGAAGAGGAAGAGGAGCCAAAAGCGAGGUCCUGCCCCAAGCGCAUCACGUGGCUGGUCGUCAGCAAGCGCAGAGAAGCAGCUCCAUCUUGCUGUGCUGGGCAUCAGUAUGGUUACUCUUCGGUGGUUUUUUAAUGCUUAGAAACUUGGGCUUCUGCUCUUGUUUGGAGACCACGUAACUGUUGAAAAACUACCCGGGAGGAAUCAGUUCCUCCAGCCGAUGCGUUCGUAAACCGUGGAGGCUAGUGAAUGUCAAAAGGAGGGAGUGGGGGGUGGUGUCAUGUGUAAUGUCAGAGUUACAGCCCUAAGGUGCGUAUUCCCGCAAGGGAACUCUUACCUAACUGAAUGUGUCCCAGUGUAUGUGGCUGAGGUAGACAAACAACAGAACCCAUAUAUGCAAGCCAACAUACCCAGCACACAAGGCUCUCCUUGUAUGGUGUGGAGGGGUAGAUGCCUAGCCACACUCAGUAAACUGAGGUUUGUGCCAGUUAGUUCCCAUUUAUUACUAGUCCUCUGUCUUAAGAUUCUUUAAGAACUAUAUUCUGAUGAACUGAGACUAAGAUAAAACUCCUCUCUGACAACAAUCUGUCUUUCAGUUGCCCAAAGAGCUCAAGUCCGCAGCCCCGUAUGAGCUUAAAGGAAUCGCUCGCUAUAAAAGACCCCACAUUCUGAGAGAGUUCUGGGGGCGCUGAGAGCUUGGGAGGGAGCGUGUACCAUUCUUUCUACGUGGAAAAGCAAACUCCAGGCUGGUAGCACAGAGGAGACUUCAGAGUCGAGCAAAUGACAGAGGUCUGCUGCAACUAAAAACAGUGAAACGCUAAAAACACAAAAAAGCUGUCCAGGUGAUGUCCAUAAGAAUCAAACCCUCUACCCUGUCAGAAAGCACACGAAGUCCUGUUUACUGCUGCUUAGACAUUACAAACUUAUCUUCAAACGCAGGUGUGUUUUGAGUCUCGUCUUUGUAACAGGCUGCCCCCAAAGCCGUUCUCUGGUAGUUUUAGAUGACUUUCACUCCCAGUAAAGUUUGGCUGGUAGAAUGAACUACCUCAACUUAAUUUCAUUCUGUUCCCGUUAGUGCCCUCUUCCUUUUUCCCUCCUUCCCCAUCUCUCAUUGCCACCUCCACCCUCCUUCCCAUUUCCCAUUAGUAAAAACAAACCAAUCUUUAGUUGGUGGAAUUUAUCUCAUAAGAUACUGUUUUCCAUUCAGAUUAUGCCCCCUUGGUGUGAAGUCAGGGACUGGAGUGCACUCCAUUACUUGAUAGUGUGAGUUGUAUGCAAUAUCAAACUUCUAGUCAUCUUGAUACAGAGUUCCUUGUUUCUAAUUGUUUUCUACAAGUUUCUUUCUUGGCUAGAAGAGGCAACAUUGUAUCUUAGUGAUUGCUAAACGUAUAAGUACAUCCUUUGGUUAUAAAUUGGAGAACAGGAAUUUCUUCUAGAAACUUCCUACGUGAGAUGUUUAUAUGCAAUUAAAUUGCAUAUGAAACAUUAAUCCUCUUUUCCCCCACCUGUGGACCUGAAAAGGCAUGGCUUCUCUGCAGGAAUUUUCCUAUACCUGUCUGGAGUGAUUGGCAUUAUAAAAAGUUGGGGAGAAGAACCCAGAGGGUGGGUGUAAAAAGGGCUGGGCGUGGCUUCCUAACUCAGCUGUGGCCAGAAGCAACUUGGCAAGAGAAGGUCUAAGUUUUUAUCCUUUGCUCUAGGCCGGAUGUGCCACGCAUCCGUGCCAUCCCAUCCAGUCAGAUUUAUUGUCAGUCAGUGGAUUAUGUUGCAUAUCAGCCAUGUUGCUUUCCAUCGACGAAGCCACAGCAGAAAGAGCACCUCUGCUCUUCCUGAGAUGGGGGCUUCAGAGGAGAGAAAUUGCCAGAAGGGCAAGUUGACUUUGGUGAAAUACCUGCACAGGACAGAGCCAUGGCCUGCCAGAGCAGAGAGAAACCGGCGCAGGACAGCUGUGGUAACUGCUCUGUUUUGGUUUUUAUUUGUUGUGUUGUUGUUGUUUGUUUGUUUAAACUCCUGAAGUUUAAAAUUCUCAGUGUGCUUCAGGCCUCUCCAAGGAGACAGUUCCUUGUUUAGAGUCAUGGGUCCAAUAGUGAUGUCACUAGUGCCUGUUGACUUGGUCAGUUCACUUAAAAAAACAAACAAACAAACAAACGGGUUUUUCAAUUCAGUUCAUUGACACUAUGGCUGCAGAAAUUAAUGUUUUAUAAAAUAAAUUUGCAACUUAAUAUGGGAUGCAAUAACAAAAGCUGCUAAGUGCCAAACUGUUAUUUUUAGGCGUGUGUGUGUGUGUGUGUGUGUGUGUGUGUGAGAGAGAGAGAGAGAGAGAGAGAGAGAGAGAGAGAGAGAGAGAGAGAGAGACUAUCCUGUUGAAAAGUGGGGCUGUAUUUAAUUUUACUAUGAUGUUUCAAAGUCAACCAUACCUCUUGGUAACCACUCUUUUAGUGUCGAGCAGUAGCUUGUAGCCCGUCUUUCAGGUUGUGUUUCACUACUGCACCUGUGUCUUGGUCAGGUCUGCGUGAGUGGUCCUUCCCGUCUCAGUAAGGCACUUUGACCUGGUAGAUGUUACAUUUGGCAGCGGAGGCUAGAUCUUAAAAUCUGAAACACAAACAUCUUGGGGGAAGUGCAAUUUCUUUUCACUGGAAGGUCUUAGGCUACAGUCGUGUAAUCAAGACACCCUUCUAGGCUAGAGUCUAAAAUAUGUUUGUUUAUUUCUCUAACAUAUCUAAACAUAGAUUUUUUCAAAGAUUUAAGUGCUUAAUUUAAAAUGAAGUGUUUUUUAUGUGAAGAGUGUUUAUGUUCUGUGCGAUGAGAAAGCGUGAGAGAUGUGCGUGCGUGCUGUGCCACGUGACUUGACACGUCUGUCUGUAUAUGUUUACUUUUGAAUCGUAGUCAUGAGCUAUCUAUGCUACCGUCUCCUGGUGCUUCAGAUAAACCUUGAGUCUGUCGACCUUCAGUUACACGGCUGUGUCAAACACGUGCCAUGUGUAAAUGCGGAACCUUUGUGGACAGUAGUCAAUUUUACUAGCUUUGCAUCUUUUCCUUAGCAGGAGCGAAAACUUGGAUUUACCAGCUAGCAGUUGGUCCUAGGAAGGGAUGGUCUAAGGGGCCGAGCGUGCUAUGUGGUUGCUCUAAGGAGUCAUGGCUCUGGUUGGGCUUUCCAACCAAACAUCUGCUGGGGCUGUGUCUGAGUCUUGUUUGUGCUGAAGCGAGUGUUCUGUUACAUCUCACAGCUACUGAGGCUACUCUGAUCUCCAGUGGCUUGACAGUGUCACCAUACCCUUUAUAAGUGGGGAGAGGCCACCCCUCAGAGGUGUCUUGGAAACACGGUCUCUUCAUGGAAGUGGCGAAUGUAGGGCUGUCCUUGCUGUGGUGCCUCAGAUUCUCACAGGAUGCCAGUCAGGUGUCUAGGGAAACAACCGGCUCUCCUUGAGGGCUCUACUUGGUAACUCCUCUGCAGUGCCCUGCGCCAGGGGUCUCAGAAGUUCUCUCUUAUAGUGGGGAGGCUUUCCUGGUUACACAGUCCUCCUGUGGUCGGAUGCUCUGGAAAGGGGUGAGGUGACUUUUACCAUGCGCACUUAGAAGCUUCAGAACUACCUGAGAAGUGCCCACUGGAAGGGUGAGCAAUGCGUCCUUCUUGCGGUCACUUCCCCUUAGCCAAGAGAGCACCUACAAAGCCAGGGAUUGAAGAGGCGUGGCAGCGCCUGCCCUGGGUCACCCACCAAAUACAGAGGACCUCCCUAGAAUUGUGCUCGCGUUUCGGGGAACCUUACAAAGGAGGCAGAGGGGACACAGCCCUCCCUCUCUGUCUUAUAAGUUCGCUGGAGCUUGAGCAAGAACCCUGUCUAUGUGAGUUGGUCCAGGGUUUGCAAGUAGGCAUCGAGUCACAGUACCCUGGCCUCCAAUGGGAUGCUUUUCCCUAAGCAGAGAACGCGCUCUUCAAUUCUUCUGGGCUUUAAGUGAGAAGCUGUGUACAUAGGUGGGCUGGCCUCAGAAAUCCCAAGUGCCUCGUGUACUACUCGCACGUGCCUGCGUCCCCAAUGGACGCUGCACCUGUGCCCAGCGCGCCUCAUAACGCUCAUCACGUGAAUGUUAGGUUGAUUGGCUACAUCUGACAUGGGCUUAAAAUCUUCUCCAUGUCUGAGGUGGGUAGGGGUGCUCUCCUCUUCCUACAGUGAACAUUCAAGUGGGCACAGAAGCCAGGCCUUGGGGUUACCAAGGGUAAUCCAGCCAACUCAGCAAGAGCUUGAGCUUCCUCAAGCAUGCAGGUGUUUCUACUCCCAAAAUGGACAUCAUUUGUAGUAUGGGCUCAGCCCCCAGACCAACAUUCUGGCUGGAGAAACCGGAAAACCUUUUCCUCUCCCUGUCAGUUGGCUGUUGAAAGUCUCCCACUUUCCUGAGUGUCUUCUGGAAGCAAGGCCUGGUUUAUUCAUAAAGACUAAAGCUAACAUUUCAUUGAUUGUCCUCACUCAGUCGGGGAGGGAGGGACUGCUUUGGCAAGCCGAGGGGUCUUUCUGCCUUCUGAGUAAUCCCUAAAGGCUCCUUCUGGCUCAUUUUGAUGUUCACAUACAGUUCUGGGGUAGGGAUGAGAGUGAGUCCAUUGACUCAGACGGUGGGUGUCUCACUCUCGCUGCCAGUGCAGUCUGGGUGGGGUUGAAGAGUAAGCUCUUCCGCAUAUUCUGCAGCUCGGAGCGGCCCUGCCUCCUGCCUGGAGAAUUUCUUCAAGCUGCACCAGGGAAGUCUCCGUAGCUUACUUUAUGGUAUUUCCUGUUGAAUCGGAUGGGAAUACUUGCAAUCAUUCCCAUUCUUUGUGUUUCUGGGGAAAAACAAACCCUCUUGUCCGCUACCUCAUGGUGCGGCAUUGGAUUUGUUCUGUCCUGCAACAAGCGCCUGGAAGCAAGCAGUGAGCAGCCUUGAGAAGGUCAGUUCUCUCAGGCGUAGUUUCCAUUUUCGUACUUUUUAAAAUAUGCACUUUAACCCUGGAGGAGCGGGAAUUCUUCUGGGGCUUCUGCGAGGCAACGACUUGAAACUCAACUUGAACUUGAAAGAGUCAUUUAAAGGCGAUGUUUUCUUGUAGUAGAAAAGUCGCGCAGCAGCGCUGUGCAGUUUCUGUCCUUGUUAGGAUCAGAGGAGAGCGUGUCUGCUAUUUGACACGGUGUUUAGAACUUAGAUGCUUGAGGCGGCUGUGAUGUUUCUUGCAAGGUGCUGCCGAUUCCUGGGAAUUCCUCCUUUUGCUGACUCCUCCCUACAUUCUCUUCUUCCUUCAGUUCUGGGAGCACCAGAUGUCAGAAUGAAACAGAUGUUUUCCAGGUUCACGAUCAAGCUUGACCCAACUACCUUGAAUCACGCUUUACUUAAGAGCAUGACUCAUCUGUCACACUCGUAGGGGACUCUCCUGCGCUUCACCCUGCACGUCCCUUCUCCACACUGACCCAGACUCUGGUCUUUCCUGGUCCCCAGGUAGGAAUGACAUCACUGAGGGAGCUCAGCAAUUGGAGACACUCUUUCAGGAGUUCGUUCUUAUAGGAACGGCCACUUCUCAGGUCACAGUUGGACCUGGCCUGCUAAAUAGGAGACCUGGGUAAUCAACAGAGGCCAGCCCUCUUUUCAGCUUUCUGUUCCCCUCAGAGUACUGCACUCUCCUGAGUGUUCCCCUCAGAGCUCUAUCCCUGGGUUCCAGCCCUCCCUUCAGAGCCUGAUACAUUUUAAAACCUCAUGCAAGUGUAGUGCCCUAAGACUUUAAUCCCAGCACUCAGGAGGCAGAGGCAGAGGCAGGCAGAUCUCUGAGUCUGAAGCCAGCCUGGUCUACAGAGUGAGUUCCAGGACAGCCAGGACUACACAGAGAAACCCUGUCCCAAAAGUCAAAAAAUCAACAACAAUAAAACACCUCAUGCAAUCAGAUGAUUGAAUGUGUAUUCUGGUGCUUUCAGAGUUGGCCCAGAGACUGUAAAAUGGCGAAGCUUCUCCUCAGGUGGCAGCGUCUGUGCCCAAGUGAGCAACAGGAGCCCAUGAUUUAAGAGAGCAAAUCCUCCCUUCCUGCUUAAGCCCCAGGUCUGUGGUUUUGGUUAUUCCUAGGGAUUUACCUGGGACUUGAACAGGCCCAGUAGUCAAGAGCACAGGAAGUUGGAGAAUCUGGGGUUGAAGACUUUUGCCACCUAUGUUCUGGUCUGAAGUUUGCCUUUGGAGAGAGGACGUUGACCUCCCUGGGUGGUAAAGAAAGGAUGCCUGUGGAGCCUGGGUGGUGAUUACACUUAAGUUGUGGUGGCUGUCAUUGCUCCGUCAUCAUCUGUCCACACAGAGUGCUGUGAGACCCCGGGCCAGGAGGGGUCUGCUUGGAGCUGAACAUCCGGGCCUCCUGCCAGUGCUCACCCUAGUGUCUGCCACCACAUUAGAUACCAGCAAAUGUCUGCCUGUGCAUACAAAACGUGUUUCCUUCUGGCCACAUGCCACCUCUCACCUCUAGCGCUAAUGGUUAUAUUCAGGAUAACCACGGAUAUCAGAAACACCCAACACAUGUGCUUGGAGUGUUCAAGUAUUAUGGUCAAGUCAGGUGUGUUGGUGACACCUUUAGUGGCAGCACUUGUGAGGCAGAGGCAGGCAGAUCGCUGUGAAUCUGAGAACAGCCUGGUCUACAUAACAAGCGCCAGAACAGUUAGGGACUACACAGAAAAAUCCUGUCAAAAAACAAAAUAGAGAGAGAUGGUCAGUAACCCUCUUGAGAGCUUGCCUAAUCGAGUCGUCUGAGAUUCCUUAAAAUCCUUUACUAAGGUGGAAUUUUACUUUUAACCAGAAUAUCAAAUUUAUCAUCAGGACUGACCAAACAAACUAGGUAUUUUCUACAUCUCUGACUGAGGUCACAAACCUAAGCUUCUUCUUUUUUUUUUUUUUGGAUUUUUGAGGCAGGGUUUCUCCGUAGCUUUUUGGUUCCUGUCCUGGAACUAGCUCUUGUAGACCAGGCUGACCUCGAACUCACAGAGAUCCGCCUGCCUCUGCCUCCUGAGUGCUGGGCGCCACCACCGCCCAGCAAGCUUCUGCUUCUUUAACUUGGAUAUCGUGCGUGGAAACUGCUCCCCUGUGUCCGUGGUGAAGCCUCCAGCCUAGAGGUUGUAGGCAAGCAUGCAAUGUGGGGUACAGCAGCCUGGGACCACCAAGCCACUUAGCAGUGACCAGGCUCUGGCCUGAUGCUGGGCUUACAAAGGAGGAGUGUACUACUCCAGAACAUUCAGGCCAGUAGGCAGAAUUACAGAAUCUCAUCACCUUGCUUAUUAUUUAAUUUAUUUUCUCUUGAGUGUUUUGAGACAAGGUCUUAAGCCUCCUGCCUCCGCCUCCCAAUGCUAGGUUUGCUCUUCUGUCGUCUUUAGACCCAUGGGGUAGAACAGCUUAGGGGUAGCAGGGUGCCCUCUGCAGUACCAACUGAUGGCUUCUGUGUACUCUACCAGGGCCCUCUGUGGGCAGGACAGUCGGUGCGAUGCUCUGCCUGGCAUUCAGAGCUCCUGCAGGCCAGGGCUUCUUGGGCUGUUUAUUUAGUAAAAAGGGAAUCCUUCAGAGGGUCGUGUGAAGCAGCCUUGUGUCCCUUCUACACUUGCCUCAUGUCCUUCCCCUCUAUUCCACUCAUCAUCACUUUGGUCCCUUGAGUGUGGCCAUUGGCCACCACACCCUGGCAGUCCCUUCACCAGGGUGCUCAUGGUAUAAUGGUCUUUUAUUUCCAGAGAUUUCUCUAAGCUAUAAUGUCCACCAGAACCAUGAUUUUUGGUUGACACAUAUUUUGUUUUAAGCUCUUUGCUGCCUACUCUGCCUUAAGCUGGUGAAUGAAGGCCAUGCCUCCCAAGUUGGGCUGGCUGCCCGGGAAGGUGCUUGGUGAACUCAGCCAACUUUCCCUGUAAAGCAUUUCUAGGGGCCCCAUUCUUAUGUUCCUAUUCUGUCUCCCCUCUGGUGAAAGCCUGCCAUAGGACCCUCAGCCAUUCACCUAGAAAUGGGAACCCUGUGGUCACAAGGGAGCAGCCCCCAGCUCCCCUCCCCAUCCUCGGUGGGCUGGGCUGUCUUAUUGGCCCCUGAUGGCCACCUAGAUGCCAGAAGGAGUCUGAGAACAGGGUCCUUCCCACAGCCUGAGCAGUAACCUCUAGCAGUCUGAGGACUUCUGUCUAGGAGGAGGAUGCUGGUUCUCUUUACCAGAGCUCUGUCGUCACACUCCCCUGCCCCUUUCAGACCUCUCACGCUUGUUCCCCGCCUGGCCUGGCUUUCUAGUCUCUUGAAUUGUGUCACAAAGAAGAAAGGAAAAGGGGGCUAGCAAGGUGGCUCCACAGGGAAAGCCUGAUGACCUGAGUUUCAUUCCCAGGACCCAUGUGGUAGAGAGAGAGAGCUGAUUCCCACAAGUUUAUCUUCUGCCCUCCCCCCAAUCAUAUACAUAUUAAUAAGGAAAUGUAUAAGAAAAAUUAGAAAAAGGAAAAGGAAAUAGAGCUGUAACUCAUGCUGCUCCCUGGACCACGGAGCAUGGGGUCAGCAGCCUAGCCAGAAGGCGUGCCUUCUUGGUCCCUGACCAUACCUUUGUGCUGGCACUUUCCUCCUGCCAGCCAGUCCCAGAAGCUUCCUGGGCCAGCACCCAGCAUAGCCCCAACCCAUCUCAAGCCUCAAGCACCUGGAGAUGAAUAGGAGCCUUCCACACCUGCCCUGAGGUCACCAAGGGCUCUCUCUGAGUCAGGGGCCAGCACCGGGCCACACACACUACCUCAGCAUCUAGCCUCAGUCACAGCAUCGUGAGGUCCCAGAUUGUCCAUCGAGAUGUACUCAGAGCCUGGAUGGCCUCUCAGCGGCUGUCUGACACCUCCGUCUGUCUGCACUUGGCCCUGAAAACUGCUAUGGGAUUCCUUCCUGCAUCCCGUGGCAUGCUCCCAAGAGCAGGCCAGGCUUCCUUCUCCUCCUGUCUUGUUUAACUCUGACUUGAAUAUCCCAAGCGGUGAAUAGAGUCCGAAGUGGGUAUGGCAACAAGUUUGCACUGAGAAAGGGAUCGCUUUUUCAUGUUCUCAUCGCAAGGGUAUUGCUUCAAAAGAAACUCAAGAAAAUGUGCAUGUAAUGUUGAUGGCCAGGGUGAUGAGGAUUAUGGUGGUCAUGAAUUGUAACUUAGAGUAGCCUCCUGUACUUGACAGGCUUUGUAAAAAAUAAAAACAAAACAAAACAAAAAACAAUAA